UACAAUAAACUAAUAUAUUAAACUCCUCUCGUCAACCCCUUUGGAUAACUACUCCUUUCGUCACCAUGAACCCUCUGAAACGCACCAUCGAUCCGCUAGCGAGUCAACUCUCACGACCGUUCAGCUCCUCUGCAUCUCAGCUGGCUGAGAUCCCUCAGGAUUUCCUCGACUCCAUCAGAACGCAGAACGGCCCAGAUGGGGAACAGUGGGAAAAUCAGUUUCGCGAGCUAGUGGAUAGAAUUGAGCAGCUGCAAGUUACACCUUCCCCUCAUUUGAUCGAUGUGAAGAGUACCGGAGCACAACUAACAUUGCUCCAACUUGCAGGACAAUCGUAUCCAGGUCGUUCGCGGACAGUAUGUCCUCCUAUGUAACCUAUUCACUACCCCGCUUGCUAACCACAUGUUACAGUGGUAGGAGAGCCCACAAGUCACACAACGAUCCAAAAGACCCGGUCUUGGUACUGUCGUUUCACCUGGAGACUAUAAAGGGAACGCGAGUUGGUGGUGUCCACAUGCAUCUGGAUGGGACCUGGAAGUUUUUCCCUUCCCUCAAUGGGAAGAGACUUGGGGUUGAUCAGGUUCUAAACAAGGCUGGAAUCAAGGGGUUGAUUCUAGAGACUAUCGAGGAGGAGACUAGGGAGACUUGGGAUGCUGCGAAGAAAGCGGAAAACUAAAGACGCGUCCUUUCGCUUGGGAGUAUCGAUGGUGGUGACAUGGCCAGAUGGUGGCAGUCAAAUUUGGACAGGGAUUUUGUCAGAACACAAGUGAA